UGGGUGUGUGUAUGUGUGUGUGUGUGUGUAUCCAACCUUGCUUUUCAGGGUUUUUCCUCACCCACAGGAGUCAGACAGAACUCUGGGGUUGUCCAUUUCUCUGUGGACAUCCAGCAGCAUGGCCCUGCGAGUGUGUGGUCGAACGCUGAUCUUCUCAAACGGAGUCCGACUCUGGGGAGAAACGUUGGGUUUCAGAAACGUAAUCAGACCUUUCAGCCGACACCAUGCGCUCCUGAGCAACAGUUCUCCAAGCUCUAAAGUGCUGCUACACUUUAUUAAUCAGAGUGGAACAAAGAUGAGUGUGACAGCGACAGAAGGAGAAUCUCUGCUCGACGUCGUCAUCAACAAAAACCUCCAAAUUGAUGGCUUUGGUGCGUGUGAGGGGACGUUAGGCUGCUCCACGUGUCACCUGAUCUUUGACGAGUGUGUGUACGAGCGCCUGGAGCCGGCGGCCGACGAGGAGAUGGACAUGCUCGAUCUCGCCUACGGACUCUCCAAGACGUCUCGUCUCGGGUGUCAGGUGAUCGUGGAGCCCUGGAUGAACGGCAUGAUGGUGCGUGUGCCGCAAGGGGUCAAAGAUCAACAAGCGACACAGGAGGCGAAGAACAAACAAUGAUGCAGAUACACACACACACACACACACACACACACUCUCUCUCUCUCUCUCUCACACACACACACACACACAAUAUAUUGUUUUUUUUAUUUGUGAGAGCUUGAGAUUAAUAUUCCAGUGUCUGUAUUUGUAAUAUCACAUCUCACAUGUAAACAAAGACACACAUCAUCCAUCUCUCCUCCAUCCAUCCAUCUCUCCUCCAUCUCUCAUCCAUCCAUAAAAUGUCCAUACAUCUCUCAGUUCCUCAGAGUUUUUAUUUUAUAAACAUAAAUUACACUCAUCUGUACAUUUCUUGUUUACUCUCUCACACACACACACACACACACACACACACACACACACACUCAGGCGGGGUCUCUGGG